GCCCAAAGGACCAUUGGACAAGCCCUCAAGAUCCCACCUCAACCAAGUCUAAAAAUGGGGCGAGAAGAGCAGAUCGAGGAACGGGAGGUCCUCAGUUCCAUCUUUCCAGACGAGAUCACAGACAUCUCGGAGACCGAAUACAGGAUAUCAAUUACCCUCGACAUUCCAGACGAUGAAGCCGAACCACCGGUGAUCCUUCUGACCGUGCGGUAUCCGGAAGAAUACCCAGACAAGGCGCCGUUGCUGGAGUUGUCCGCUCCUCAGAACUCGGCCCCGCAUCAAUAUCUCAACGUCGCCGAGGACAAAGACCAGCUGCUACAAGGCCUCCAAGCCACGGUCGAGGAGAACUUGGGCAUGGCCAUGGUAUUCACCUUAGUGUCGGCCGUGAAGGAGGCCGCCGAGCAAUUAGUGGUCGAGCGCAGAGAAGCCGCGGCGAAGGCGCACGAGGAGGCCCUCCUAGCGGCCGAACGCGAGGAGAACAAGAAGUUCCACGGCACCCCGGUCAACCGAGAGACGUUUCUGAAGUGGCGAGAACAGUUUCUGAAGGAGAUGGAGGAAGCUCGGAUCAGGGAAGAGGAGGAACGGGCGGCAGAGCUGAAGAAGGCCAGGAUAAAGGAGCCGGCCAGGCUUACCGGAAGGCAGCUGUGGGAACGGGGUCUGGCAGCCGCUGACCAGGAGGAAGGCGAUGAGGACGGAGUGCCAACCGAGGAUGUACAAAGGCUGAAAGUCGGCGACAGCGGAGCGUAACGGCCCCAACGGGCAAGGUCUGCGACAGACCCGAUCCGUGCGCAGCCACCACCAAAAGACGUCUGACUGCGGGAGCUUCAAAAGACGUGCAAGCCAUGUCUUGACACCACAUGGUAGACCUCUAGACCCCGACAUGAAUUUUCCUUCCUGAAC